AUGCCAGAGAGGAGGCAGGUGCAGGUUUCAGCGGCGAGCUCCGACGAAGACGACGACUCCUCGGUGGAGGUCGAAAGCGCCGGCGCCUGGAAGGAGUUCAGGCAUAAGUUCGGCCAGUACGGCAUGCAGAUCACCGUCGGCAUCCUUGUCGAGGUCGUUUGGUGUGCUUGCAUUGGAGGUUGGCUGCACAGGGCAGAGAAUGCCAGUGUGGGCUCCAAAACCCUGGAGGAGUUGGACCUGGUUCAGCAGGACAAGCACAACGUCAAGGAGCUCAAUUGGAUCGUGUUCCUGGUCUGUCUUGCGGGGCGAUGGGUCGCCAUCUCCUUGUGGUUCCGAAGGCAGCGACGUUUUGGACGGUGCACUGUCACGGCGAGUGCCGCGUCGGCGAUGUACAUCGUUUUUUCGGUUUCGCAGUGGGUGAUCUAUUUCGGGGCCUACUAUUUGGUUUUGGAUUCGUUGACAACAGUCACGUUCAACCCUCAAGUGCAGGUGAAGCGGAUCGCCGAAUACUCCGACACACGCGCGACCAACGCCACAUAUUUGACCGAUGGUGUUAUCGACGUGGUGAAAACCGACGAUGCUGUCCUCAACCUGACAAUGGCCCACUGCCUGGAAGAAUAUCCUCCCCUAGAUUGCGUGUCGAGAGUCAACCGUCAUGUGACGUGUAAAAUCGAAUUCGAUCCAGAUGUCUGCAGCGGCUACACUUGGAUGGGAAAGGGAAAACGUGCGAUGAAAUGCUGCGUUCAAGACAUUUACAGUCUGACGAGGCCAAACGUCCCUGUGCCAUUCGCAUUCGGACAAGAUCUCGAUACUAUGUUCAUGCUCUUGAAAUGGCUGGCGGUGUUGAGUAUAUCAUGGACUCUCAAGGAUCUCCCGAUAGUGCCAAGCUCAGCCCAGAGUUCUGGGUUUUUGAAUGGCUGCUGGCUGGAUCUUAUGGAUGCGGUCGUCUUCGGCGCCUACUUGGUCAACGACAGGGUCCUGUACCCCAAGUACGGCAUCGACUCAGACGGGACAGCCGCAGAAAAAGAUGAAAAAUACAUUGAUCUCCUGAGGCUCACGUGGAUCGUGGCGUUUGUGCUGGCCACGCUAUCACCAGCUCUGUACACCUUCUACAGCCACUCUGGAGAACAGGAUUCGAACAGGAAAAAGACGACGGCGCGGGAACCGAGAACGCGCCCCGUGAUUUCGCCCACAGCGCGGAGAGUUUGA